AGAAACCUAUUUUGGCGGCGUCACGUGUAAGGAAAUACUGGAACUGACUUGUGUUUUGGGAUCAAUGGUAGUGGACGUUCCUGUGUAUUUGUAGACAGGCUGCUGCUGCGUCCUGUGGCAGUCCUUGCAUGUUGGAGUAGUGGCUGUUCAGUGGAUGGAGUGGUAUGGCGAGUGGCGAUGGGGACCGGCUGAGAGUGGUGAGUGCGGCGAAUCUGCGUCACAAGAUGGACGCCCUCGUGUCUGACCUCUCCCAUGCGCUGGACGAGUCGCAGCUCCCACAGUACCACCGCAAGAGGAGAGGCUACAAGCGCCGAGCCAAGUUAGCUAGCAACCUCGGGCUGUCAAGUAACCGCGGCUUGAGUGAGGAUUCUUCAAGCAGCAUUGGUGAGGUGCUCUUGUCUCAGGAUAACAAGUCGUCCAUCCCUCUCACCGACUCAGAUGACAUGAGUCCCCCGCCGGAGCAACGGCACCGCACACAACUCCUCACCCACCACCGCCCCUCCUCCAACCUGGUGGAGUCAGACUCUGUCAAUGAGAACUUUUCACCAGCACGACCUCACAAUCGCAGCUGGCCGCACCCUGCCAGCCAUUCAUCUCAAAGCUCUCCCGGCCCUGGAGGGAGGCCAGGCCAGAGUGUCAACAUUUUUUUAUACAGGAAGAGGAAGUGCAAGAGGAUGGCGCUAGACCCUGAUGUCCCUUCCACCUCCACUCCCCCUGGUCCCCCCACCAACCCAUCCAUUCUUCCCAUGGCCAAACCCACUGUGGCUGUCACCUCGGCCGGCCUGCCUGGGGCUUCCUCCAACUGCCGCAAGAAAAAAGUCCUCCGGCCAUCGCUGGACUCAGAGAACAGGUACCUGGCAGUCUCAGCAGGCAAGCGUAAGAGAGGGCGUGAGCGGAGUGUGGAGUGGUGCAGCAGCAACCAUCUCUCCCACAGCAAGCGGCAUGGAUCCUCCACCAGCCACUUCCACAGUCUUCGGAUGCACCGGUCAUCCCAGCCCACCACAGAGAACAACAUGGACUAUGACUACUCUGAUGAAGCCAACAUGGAGCACAGCAGUAGUGAGAGCAGCAGUGAAAGUGAGACAGGCAUCUACACCUGUGAUGAAGGCCGGGAAGCAGAUGAUGAGCAGAGUGACUGGUUUGCUGAGCCAGACCCUGUGUAUGGUGUGCCGGGUGCCCAAAGCUCCACGCGGCAAAGGAACCCUUCAAACCGGCUCUCCUGGUGGAAUGAUGAGUUUGGCCUGUCCCUUUCAGCUAAGGCUCUGUUCAAAGAGAGGUAUGAGACAAUGUCUGUGGAGAACCAACAGGCCUGCAGACUCAGAUUCCAAAAGCUUAGAGAGAGGCUUUUGAGGCGAGAGAUCCGGGCUGGGCGCCGGAGACUGAGGGACAGAAAGCCAGGGUUCAGCAUUGUGUCUUCUGUUAAUGACAAAGUUUCUAGAUUUCUUCAGGAUCCACUACAGUCAGAGUUGCGACUGAGACCAAUGACAGACAAGGACCGAGACCAGCUGAAGCACCUGGCCAAUUUGUACUCCCUCAACAUCCACAGCAAUGACGACCACACGGCCCCAAUCCUCACCAAGACCAGGAACACCAUCACCAAGCAGUGGCUGGAGGUGGAUGAGGCCCUGGCAUGUGGGGGAGCCUUCCCUGGGGGUCUCCCUGUACCCGUGAGUGACCUGAAGCGGCGCAGGCGCACUCCUCCACCCCCUCCCAACAAUCUAACGGAGGGGAGCAAUGAUUCAGUGGAGAGUGUGUCCAACAGUGCCGGACUCUCAGGUGGCUACCGUCCUCCGGUGCCUAGCGUCAGCUGGGAUGAUGACGUGGGUGACUACUGUGCUGACUCCUUGUCUGAGCGACUGGCAGACUCAGAGCCAGAUCCGCUGCCUUCCCCUACCUCCCUCGGCCUGCAUGACUGCACGCUCUGAGGUUGCUUCUUGCUGGCUGCUCCAUCACUGCCAUAGUUAAAGUCUCAGUUUUAAGAGCAGGUGUUGGCUGGACCACUACAGGAACUUCACAUAUCUUUGUCAAGUCAGAGAAGCUUGCUCUCCCAUUCUUCUGUAGUCAUUGAAAGACAAAAACUAGUACACAAGAUUAUGUAAAAUGAAAAUCAUUGAUAUUGAACAGAGAAUGGUUUUGUAGUUGACAGUUUGAUAUUUAUUUAUAGGUGAAGUAAAAGUCUGUCUUUUUCCUCAGGGUCUCUUGACAGGAGACAGUAACCUUUCAUAGCUUGAUUGAGUAUUUACUGUAGACUAGUCCAGUAAACCAGACAGUGUUGCAGGCCAUAGUUCCUUACUAGCAUUAAGACUUUCAAAAAGAUUUCUUUCAGUAUUGGCACAUUAUUACUUUGCAAAAUUAAAACCUGUGUUAGACUUUUCUAGAUUGCUAUUUUCAUAUUAUUCUAUCACCGUUCAAACACUGUUCAAAUUAUUUUAGUGAAGUAGAAAUAGAAUGUAAUUAGAUUUUUUAAAAGUACAUCUAUUUUCACCAUGAUAAAUAAUUUUUAUAAAAUUUAUAACAAUUAGAUUAAUGCAUAUUGUAAUUGGUUAACAAAAUGUACAUACAUCAAAUAGCCAUUGUGGAAAGUGAUUGAAAUGGUUGGUAUUGUGUCUGAUCUGAAAAGAAGUCCAUUUCCUUCACUUAAGGUUGAUGACUGACUGAUCCUAUUUCCUAAUAACUGUGUGUUUAAGAGAGCACCUAUAAGAAAUAUUGCUUUGUGUCACAGCAAUGUUCAAUAAGUUGUUCAGGAGUGAGCUAAUAAACCAUCACCUGUUGGUCAAUCAUGCCACUGCUAAUGGUCAGAAGCUGUCUUGCCACAGAUCAGAUGUUGAGGAACAGUUCAUAUGAUCUUUGAUUUUCAUGGUGAUAGAUGUCAUGGUUUAGCAUUGAAGUUCAGUUAAAUUGAGAUGGAUGAAAACCAAAGUGAACCUGAAUGGUUGAAAACUGACAAUUUAUUGGUUGAAAACUGACGAUUUAUUGGCUGGCUCACAAUAUUACCUAACACCAAUUAUGUAUAAAAAGAUUAAGAAUUUUGUAAUGGUUUGUGUGAGACCGUACUUUGUAAGAAGCAGAUGAUGGUGUUGAUUUAAAGGAAUGGCUCCAAACUGUAUUGCUGUAGGUAGAGGUGUAGCUGGUGAAGCUGGCAGGGUCUGAGAACCUGUUACAUCACUUCUUCCUUGAUCCUACAAUUUUGGUGUGUACCAAGUGUGGUUCUUGCUCAGGAAAAAAAACUGUUAAGUCUUGUAAGUCCUUCCUGCCUAAAAUUGAAUUAAAUUAUUUCAUGGUGCCAUAGCUUUAAUGGUAAAGCUGAAGAGAAUAUGGUAGUUGAUAGUUAUUUAUGAUUGUAAAUAUUUACUAAAUAUUGAUUUUAUAAUUGCCAACAAUUUUUUAAUCUACCUAAGAAUAUGAAAGUAAGGCUGACAGUCCCCUGGGAGGAGAAGCAGCCUAAACAAUACAUCAUCCCCUUUGUCAUAAAUAAGAAUAGAAAUACUGAGGGGAAAAUUCCCAACUCCUUCGCUCCGUCCCUUUUCAUUAUUAUCUCUUAUAACAUGCAGGGAAUUUAGUGGCAGUAUUCUUUCAGCCUGGCCACAAAGUGUGCAACCAGGCAAUGUCCCCACCAAAGACCAGUAAACUUGUUACUAUAUUAUUUAAACCAAUAUGUGGUGGAAAUGGACAAAAGUGAUGAUGCAUCCCUUGCUAUUGUUAUUCCCAGUGCAAAUUCAGACAAAUCCAUUGAGGUGCAUGUUGUCAUUAGAUGAGACUGGUGAAGCAUUGGAUAGUACCCUGGGAUGUUAUGUCACAUCUGUAAACAAUGCAACACAAAGACUGUGUAACACCCCAUUUUACUUUAAUAAUUGAGUAAAAUACACUCAUGCAUUAUUUUCCUUAUAGCAUGUUUACUGUGCGCUUUACAGCAUCAAAAUUACUUGCUACAGGUAAGUGCUUCUCGAGUACUAAGGUAGCAGUAUACUCGAGGGAACUUUCAGCUCCUAAUCCAUGAGACAAUCAUCUUGAGAGUCAAAUUUUCAAGUUUUGAAUAAGCAAAUGCAUCUUGUAAGCAGUCAGUGCCUUAACUGUGUGGGUCAUGUAACUUGUUUUUGUCAAGUUUUUCCUUUUAACCACUUUAACUAUUUAAUCCUAUAUCAUUCAGGAUUCUACUGUAUUUGACAUUAGGAAAAAAAAGUAGCUUACCUGUAGGGGUUCCAUCUCCUAAUCUUGUGAUUCCACACCCUCAGAACAGCAGACUUUUUGUUGUUAGAAACAUUUCUUGAAGUCAUCUUUUGGAAAUGGGACCAGCUACUCCAUCACAUUCUUCAUAUUGUCCUUGUGGCUUUCCAUUCAGAACCCUUUCAUUGAUGUCUCAGCUUGAGAAACUGCUAGGAAUCACAAGGAAAGGAUUGAAGGGUAUAAGUCUUGCAAAGCAAAGGGUUCUUAUUCUUGGUAAGAAAUCCUGGAUCAGUUGUGAGGUAGCAGCCUGGAUGUCAUCAUGAUGAAGCUGCCAGUUGUAUGACUCCUGCAGAUUCAGUCUCUUGCUCUGCAUCACGAUGAUGAUAAAAAAAACCUUCAUAAUAUUGUUUGUUGACCAUUAUGAUACUGGAUGCAUAUUCAAGAAGCACAAUACUGCAGUAUUAAGAAUAUCACUUGAAUCUUGCUCCUCAUUUCUUGCUUUUUCUAGGUAUUGAGAAUACUGGAAACUUUCACCCCUCUAGGUUCUUGUUUCAUGCAAAAAACUUUUACACGAGAUCAAAUUUGUAAAUAAACCAAAAUUAUUCCAUGCUGAAUUGUCAUGAAUCUAUAUACAAAUGAAAUUUGAAAUUCUAAAAAUGUUAAGUCUUCAAAAAGUAAAUAAAAAUACUGGAGAGAGUGAACUGGCAAGGCUGAGGGCUUAACACAAUGCACAGCACUGAUUUUGCAGAGGUGAAUGUGAAAAGUCACUGGUCUGUUAUAGCCAUCACCAUCACCACCAUCAAUGCCACCAUCUUUCCAGGCAUUCAUAUGCAACAUUAAAUGCCUGCUAUUUGACUCUGAUGUUCUUCAGUUUGACUUCUAAACAAUUUUUACAGAACUAACCCCAAGUGUAUUACAAAGACUUUUGAGGCUCAUUCCCCCAAAAUGUAUUAUUAACAUUGAGUGAGACUUAUUUACAUGAAAAUUAUCAUCAGCAGGUAGUUCUGGGAUGAUACAAGUACUCUCAGAAUGCUUUGUGAUACUGCUGAUCACCUUGCAUUAUUAUUCCAGGCCUAAGGAAUCCCGGGCUUAUCUAUGUUUUAAACAAUUCCAAUGGAUUAGCAGAACCUUUUAAUAAACAUUCAUCCAUAUUUUUAAUUUCUCUGUUUCUCCUUAGAUUUUGCUAAUUGUGCACCAUCUAUGUAGAAAUAAAAAAUUUACCAA